AUGGCGACAAAAGGUGCAACAAAAUUCCGACUGUCAAACUUAAAGGCUAUGCUGAAAAAGAACCCGUCAGAAAGGGCAGAACUUUCCCUAACCAGUCGCAACUUGAGGCAAAUUCCACACGAUGUCUUCACUUUGGACGGGGUGGAAAUUUUACUUGUAAACUCCAACCAACUGGAGAGGAUCCCUCCCAACAUCGCUCACAUGAGCCAGCUACAAGUUCUAGAUGCUUCCAGAAAUAACAUAACACUGGUUAGUGAAAACAUCGCACAGUGCGCCAGGCUACAGGAGUUAAACCUCUCCUACAACAGGCUGUCGGAUCUCCCACGGGAGCUUUCCAGACUCAGAAAAUUUUGCAAGUUGUACUUGAAGGGAAAUGAGAUCACCAGUAUCCCGCCUGUGGUGCCGACGUUGACUCCUUUGACGCAUCUGGACUUGGCCGCAAACCGCCUCAGCAUCUUACCUACUAGCUUCAAGAAUCUGAAAAGACUGAAAGUUCUUGAUCUCAGCAGUAAUAAUUUUGAGCAGAUCCCAGCACCAGUUGUAGGAAUGAACAGUCUGGAGAGAUUGGAUAUGGGGUUCAACAAGAUCGGCCAAUAUUUGAGCAAGCUGGACAGCAUCGAAGAGAUCGACGUCAGUGACUGCUCCUUGAAAGUUCUCAAUCCAAAAGUGGGAGCCAUGAAGGGACUGAGGAGUUUGCGGUUGGCCAGGAACGGACUACGGGUCCUGCCCGACGAAAUCUGCUCGUUGGAGAACCUUCAGACUCUCGACGUGGAACAGAACAAACUGGAGCAGCUCCCCGUUCCAUGUACAUGUUACGGGAACUACAGAGUAAGCACAAGGUUGGGGAGACCAAGAACGGACUGA